AUGUUUGUAAAAACUGAAGGUUAUCGCGCAAGUUCAUAAUUUCAACAUAGUUUCUUACUUAGGUAACAAUUUACUUUGAAUUGAGGGACAGUUUGUUAUAAUAUACUGACGUAUGGUGUGUUUCAUAAAGAAGCAUUGUAAUUGGAACAAAAGAUUUUGUUAAAAUGGUGGUUUUAAAAGGGGAUAAAUAUGUACUACUGUUAUUUCUUAUAACACAUGCAGCUAAAACCUUGGCAGAAAAGCGGCUCCUCCUCCAUUCGGAAGCUGAUAUAGCUGCAGAACUUAUUCGAUUACGGAGUGAGUUAGCAAACGUAACUCAACAACUUGGCACUGCACUUGUCGAAAUUAAAUCUUUGAAAUCGACACAGUCAAUCACUAACUUACAUCCGGGAUCUAUGUACGUCCGAUGGGGAAAGAAGACCUGUCCAAAUAGCACAGAACUAGUAUAUCAUGGAUAUACUGCUGGAAAACAUUUCAAUGAAAAAGGCAGUGGUUCGAAUAACAUUUGUCUUCCCUCUGAUCCAACAUGGUUACACUAUUUAGAUGGUGAUCAGGGCUAUAGGGCUACUGUUUAUGGUACAGAAACUGACAUUCCAACAAAUCCUUUCUUCAAGUAUGAUAUAGAUCAACAAGACAUGCCUUGCGCUGCAUGCAGAACAGACAGGUCCACGACUCUUAUGAUACCAGCCCGUAAAAACUGCUACCCGGGAUGGACAUUAGAAUAUUAUGGUUAUCUCGUCAGUGCUGCAGCGGUCACGUACCAUUCGUACGAGUAUGUCUGUUUAGACGGAGAGCCAGACUUUCUAGACAAAGGUGCAAAGAGUGAUGAUGAACAUAUUUUACAUCUGGUCGAAGGUCAAUGUGGCUCACUCCCUUGUCCACCGUAUGUCGACGGUCGUGAACUUGCAUGUGUCGUCUGCUCGAAAUAGUUUGCUACAUAUUCUUUGUAAUAGUUAUAAAUGUAUCACACGUUUUAAUUUGUUUCGGUACAUGUUGUUUAAGUUUAUGAUUUUUGUCUUGAAUUUGUUAAUAUGAAAUGAAUUUUAUCGUCACAACAUGAUAGAAAAUAAAACCUGAUAUCUGA